AUGAGUGUAAGAGAAACUUUGAAAAUCCGCAGAGUCGAAUCGUUGGCCACCUCCAACAUCUUACUCAUUCUAGUAAGAUUCUCUCAAAUAUUUUUUGCUGGUGUUAUUCUUGGGAUAAUGGCAAGUUAUAUUAAAACCCAACGGAAGGCCCAUGAAACAGUUUACCGUUCCUACGUCUUUGCACUUUGUGUUCCUGUUUUCUCUCUUACUACACAAAUUAUCUACUGUUUAGAGUAUGAGAGAAUCCUUUACUUUUUAUGGGAUUUUGCAAUUGGUUUAGGCUAUCUUGUAUCCAUGUUUUGGCUUUACGAUAAAGUUGAAGAUUAUCUUAUUUGCCGUUGGGGUUCAUUUAACCCUUUUGGAUCUGACUGGUGUCCACAAACCCGUUCUGUCAUUGUGGCCCAGAUAAUUCAAGCAAGUCUUUGGGCUGCCACUGCUGCCUAUGGAUUUUAUGGUGUUUACAAGACUAAAAAAGAUAUUCUAAAGGUCUUGUAA